AUGUCCUUCCUGAGAUUUAAUCUUGAUAUUUUCUAUUUUGUUUUAGAUUCACUUUGCAAUAAAAACAAUACCAGGUGUCUCUCAAAUUCUACAUGCCAAAACAAUUCUACAUGCAAGCAUUUUCCACAAGACAUCAAUUGUUGCUUAGAUGCAGCCAAAAAUUUGGACAAAGACUGUGAAGAUCUGACUGACCCUUGUUUCUCCAGUCCCUGCCAAGGAAUCGCCACUUGUGUGAAUGUCCCAGGGGAAAGAAGCUUCCUGUGUCAAUGUCCUCCUGGGUACAGCGGGCUAACCUGUGGAAUUGCCACCAAUUCCUGCGGAGAGAAUGCCUGCCAACAUGGAGGCACCUGCCACAAAGACCCUGAGCAUCCCGUCUGUAUCUGCCCUCCUGGAUAUGCUGGAAGGUUCUGUGAGACCGAUCACAGUGAGUGUGCUUCCAGCCCUUGCCACAAUGGGGCUGUGUGCCAAGAUGGAAUCAAUGGCUACUCCUGCUUCUGUGUGCCUGGAUACCAAGGCAGGCAUUGCGACUUGGAAGUGGAUGAAUGUGCUUCUGAUCCCUGUGUGAAUGAGGCUGUGUGCCUCAAUGAGAUAGGGAGAUACACAUGUGUCUGUCCUCAGGAGUACUCUGGCGUGAACUGUGAGUUGGAAAUUGAUGAAUGCGGAUCCCAGCCAUGUCUACAUGGUGCCACGUGCCAGGACGCUCUUGGGGGUUAUUUCUGUGACUGUGCACCUGGAUUCCUUGGAGACCACUGUGAACUCAACUUUAAUGAGUGUGAAAGUCAGCCGUGUCUCCAUGGAGGUCUCUGCAUAGAUGGAAGAAACAGUUACUACUGUGACUGCACAGGUAGUGGAUUCACAGGGAUGCACUGUGAAUCCUUGAUCCCUCUUUGUUGGUCAAACCCUUGUCACAACGAUGCAACAUGUGAAGACAUCGUUGACAGCUAUAUUUGUCACUGCUGGCCUGGAUACACGGGUGCCCUGUGUGAGACCAACAUAAAUGAAUGCAGUAGCAACCCCUGCCAGUUUGGGGGGGAAUGUGCUGAGUUGUCCUCAGAGGAUCUCCAUGGAAACACUGCUGGCCUGCCUUCCUCCUUCAGCCUCCUUGGAGCCUCGGGCUAUGUUUGUAUCUGUCUGCCUGGAUUCACAGGAAUCCACUGUGAAGAAGACAUUGAUGAAUGUUUACCAAACCCUUGCCUAAAUGGUGGUACUUGUGAGAACCUGCUUGGGAAUUAUACCUGCCACUGCCCUGUUGAUGAUACUUCUAGGACAUUUUAUGGAGGAGAAGACUGCUCGGAAAUUCUCCUGGGUUGCACUCAUCACCAGUGUCUGAACAAUGGGAAAUGUAUCCCUCACUUCCAAAAUGGCCAGCAUGGAUUCACCUGCCAGUGUCCUUCUGGCUAUGCUGGGCCACUGUGUGAAACUGUCACCACACUUUCAUUUGGGAGCAAUGGCUUCCUGUGGGUCACAAGUGGCUCCCGUACAACCACAGGGUCAGAAUGUAACAUAUCCUUGGGGUUUCAGACUGUUCAGCCAAACGCACUUCUCCUUAUCCGAGGCAACAAGGAUAUGUCUGUGAAGCUGGAGUUGCUGAAUGGCUGUGUUCACUUAUCAAUAGAAGUCUGGAAUCAGUCAAAGGUGCUCCUGUAUAUUUCCCACAACACCAGUGAUGGGGAAUGGCAUUUUGUGGAGGUAACAUUUGCAGAAACUAUAACCCUUGCCCUAGUUGGCAGCUCCUGCAAGGAGAAAUGCACAACCAAAUCUUCUGUUCCAGCUGAGAAUCGUCAAUCAAUAUGUGCUUUGAAGAACUCUUUUUUGGGUGGUUUACCAAUGGGGACAUCUAGCAACCGUGUGUCUGCGCUUAACAUCUAUAAUGUGCCGUCCACACCUUCCUUUGUAGGCUGUCUCCAAGAUAUUAGGUUUGAUUUGAAUCACAUUACUCUGGAGAACAUUUCGUCUGGCCUGUCAUCAAACGUCAAAGCAGGCUGCCUGGGAAAGGACUGGUGUGAAAGUCAACCCUGUCAAAACAGAGGACGCUGCAUCAACUUAUGGCAGGGUUAUCAGUGUGAAUGUGACAGGCCUUAUACAGGCUCCAACUGCCUAAAAGAGUAUGUAGCGGGAAGAUUUGGCCAGGAUGACUCCACCGGAUAUGCUAUCUUUAGUAUUAAUGAUAAUUAUGGACAGAACUUCAGUCUCUCCAUGUUUGUCCGAACACGUCAACCCAUGGGCUUACUUCUGACUUUAGAAAACAGUACUUACCAGUAUGUCUGUGUCUGGCUUGAGCACGGCAGCCUAGCACUGAAGACUCCAGGCUCUCCCAAGUUAGUAGUAAAAUUUUUUCUUAGUGAUGGAAAUGCUCACUUAAUAUCUUUGAGAAUAAAGCCAAAUGAAAUUGAACUGUAUCAGUCUUCACAAAACCUAGGAUUCGUUUCUGUUCCUGCAUGGACAAUUCAAAGAGGAGAUGUCAUCUUCAUUGGUGGCCUACCUGAUAGAGAGAAGGCUGAAGUUUAUGGUGGCUUCUUCAAAGGCUGUAUUCAAGAUGUAAGAUUAAAUAACCAGAAUCUGGAAUUCUUUCCCAAUUCAACAAACAACGCAUACCAUGAUGCAGUUCUUGUCAAUGUGACUCAAGGCUGUCCUGGAGACAACAUAUGUAAGUCCAACCCCUGUCAUAAUGGAGGUGUCUGCCACUCCCUGUGGGAUGACUUCUCCUGCUCCUGCCCUACACACGCGGCGGGGAGAGCCUGCGAGCAAGUUCAGUGGUGUCAGCUCAGCCCAUGUCCUCCCAUUGCAGAGUGCCAGCUGCUCCCUCAAGGGUUUGAAUGUAUCGCAAAUGCUGUCUUCAGUGGAUUAAACAGAGAGAUACUGUUCAGAAGCAAUGGGAAUAUUACCAGAGAUCUCACCAAUCUCACAUUUGGUUUCAGAACACGUGAUACAAAUGUGAUGAUAUUGCAUGCAGAAAAAGAACCAGAGUUUCUUAAUAUUAGCAUUCAAGACUCCAGGUUACUCUUUCAAUUGCGAAGUGGCAACAGCUUUUAUACACUGCAUCUGACGGGCUCGCAAUCGGUGAAUGACGACACUUGGCACCAAGUGACUUUUUCCAUGAUAGACCCAGUGGCCCAGACCUCCCGGUGGCAAAUGGAGGUGGAUGACCAGACACCCUUUGUGAUAAGUGCGGUUGCUACUGGAAAUCUGAACUUUUUGAAAGACAAUACAGACAUCUAUGUGGGUGACCAAGCUGUUGACAAUCUGAAAGGCCUGCAGGGCUGUCUGAGCACAAUAGAGAUUGGAGGCGUAUAUCUCUCUUACUUUGAAAAUCUUCAUGGUUUCACUAGGAAGCCCCAAGAAGAGCAGUUUCUCAAAGUUUCUACAAAUGUGGUACUUACUGGCUGUUUGCCAUCAAAUGCCUGCCACUCCAGCCCCUGUUUGCAUGGAGGAAACUGUGAAGACAGCUACAGUUCUUAUCAGUGUGCCUGUCUCCCGGGAUGGUCAGGGACACACUGUGAAAUCAACAUUGAUGAGUGCUUUUCUAGCCCCUGUAUCCAUGGCAACUGCUCUGAUGGAGUUGCAGCUUACCACUGCAGGUGUGAGCCUGGAUAUACCGGUUUGAACUGUGAGGCGGAUGUAGACAUUUGCAAGAGUCAUCAGUGUGCAAAUGGGGCCACCUGUGUCCCUGGGGCUCAUGGCUACUCUUGCCUCUGCUUUGGAAAUUUUACCGGGAGAUUUUGCAGACACAGCAGAUUACCCUCAACAGUCUGUGGGAACGAGAAGACAAACUUCACUUGCUACAAUGGAGGCAGCUGCUCUGUGUUCCAGGAGGCCUGGAAAUGUAUGUGCCGGCCAGGUUUCACUGGAGAGUGGUGUGAAGAGGACAUCAAUGAGUGUGCCUCUGAUCCCUGCAUCAACGGAGGCCUGUGCAGGGACUUGGUCAACAGAUUCCUGUGCAUCUGUGAUGUGGCUUUCGCUGGCGAGCGCUGUGAGCUGGAUAUGGCUGACGACAGGCUCGUGGGCAUUUUCACUGCUGUUGGCUCUGGAACUUUGGCCCUGUUCUUCAUCGUCUUACUGGCUGCCGUUGCUUCUCUUAUUGCCUCCAACAAAAGGGCGACUCAAGGAACCUACAGCCCCAGCGGUCAGGAGAAGGCUGGCCCCCGAGUGGAAAUGUGGAGCAGGAUGCCACCCCCGGCACUGGAAAGGCUCAUCUAG